AUGGCCAAGAAGGAGAAUUCUUGUCAAUCUUUGAUCCCAAGCUUUCUCUACUCCUCUUCUGUUGGCUACAAAAAUGGAGGAGUACUGCAACAAUCUACACUUUCGCCACCGUCUAACAGUGGGGAUCAUCAUGGAGUGCUGUCAAAGAACUUUGUGAUACCAGCACCUAUGGAAAAGAUAGAGAUGUACUCACCAACUUUUUAUAUGGCUUGUACUGCUGGUGGGAUUAUUAGCUGUGGACUCACUCACAUGGCUGUCACUCCUCUUGAUCUUGUCAAGUGCAAUAUGCAGAUUGACCCAUCCAAGUACAAGAGCAUUACUUCCGGAUUUGGGGUACUGCUCAAGGAGCAGGGACUUAGAGGUUUCUUUAAAGGAUGGGUGCCUACCUUGCUUGGCUACAGUGCUCAGGGUGCUUGCAAAUUUGGGUUCUAUGAGUUUUUUAAGAAGUACUACUCAGAUAUUGCUGGCCCGGAAUACGCAUCCAAGUACAAGACCUUGAUUUAUCUUGCUGGCUCAGCAUCUGCUGAAUUAAUUGCUGAUGUUGCUCUCUGUCCUAUGGAGGCAGUGAAAGUUCGUGUCCAAACUCAGCCUGGUUUUGCUAGGGGCUUGGCAGAUGGUAUGCCUAAGUUUGUCAGAGCUCAAGGCUAUUCUGGGUUAUACAAAGGGCUUGUUCCUCUCUGGGGCCGUCAGAUUCCAUACACAAUGAUGAAAUUUGCAUCCUUUGAGACUAUUGUGGAGCAAAUAUACAAGAAUGUCAUCCCAACACCCAAAGACCAGUGCAGUAAAAAUUUGCAGCUUGGAGUCAGCUUUGCUGGUGGAUACGUUGCUGGUGUACUCUGUGCCAUUGUCUCACACCCUGCAGACAACCUGGUGUCUUUCCUCAACAAUGCCAAGGGGGCAACUGCUGGUGACGCCGUGAGGCAGCUAGGUUUAUGGGGUCUGUUUACCCGUGGCCUUCCUCUCCGAAUUUUCAUGAUAGGAACACUUACAGGAGCACAGUGGGGUAUCUAUGAUUCUUUUAAAGUGUUUGUUGGGCUACCAACUACUGGUGGUGCUGCUCCUGCUUCAGCUGCUGCAAAGGCUUAA